UUAAAGCCGUUGGUCUGCCUUCAGGGUCCGGCUCCGCUUCCAGAGAGGCCGUCCUUUGGGAAGCUGGCGGUCCGGCGCCUCUCCGUGGGCCGCGGAGUAUGAUGCUCGACCCUGAUAUGUCCCGUUCCUCAUGAUGGAUAGGCAUUGCCGUAGAAUCGUUAAGGUUGGAAAAGACCUCUGAGAUCAUCUAGUCUCACCUUGCCCACCAGCCGAGUCCCUCAGUACCACUUACACACGGUUCUUCAGCUCCUGCGGGGACGGUGACCGGCACCUUCCUGGGCAGCCCGUGCCAGUGCCCGACCACUCUUUCAGAGAAGAAACUUCUCCUAAAAUAGGCGGUGUUUAAUGGGGGAACUUGAUUAUGGCUUGCCUGCAUGUUUUCGGUCGGGGCUGAGGAGGCAGUAGAGAAUGUCUUUUCGUGGAAGAGGAGGUGGUGGCGGAGGACGAGGAGGUGGUGGAGGAGGAAGAGGAGGAGGCAGCUUUAAUCGUGGAGGAAGUGGUGGUGACAGAGGUGGCUUUAAUCGUGGUGGGCGAGGUGGCUUUGGACGGGGAGGUGGACGAGGAGGCUUCAACAGAGGCGGAUAUGACCAGGGCCCUCCGGAGAGGGUAGUUUUACUGGGAGAGUUCAUGCAUCCGUGUGAAGAUGAUCUUGUUUGUAAAUGUAAAACAGAAGAAAACAAAGUUCCUUAUUUCAAUGCACCAGUGUACUUGGAUAAUAAGGAACAGAUUGGCAAAGUGGAUGAAAUUUUUGGGCAGCUACGAGACUUUUAUUUUUCAGUGAAACUGUCUGAGAACAUGAAAGCCUCUUCAUUCAAAAAAAUGCAAAAGUUUUACAUUGAUCCAGCAAAGCUGCUACCCCUUCAGAGAUUUUUACCAAGGCCUCCUGGAGAAAAAGGUGCUCCUCGAGGAGGUGGUAGAGGAGGACGUGGUGGAGGACGUGGAGGAGGAAGGGGUGGUGGUAGAGGAGGAUUUGGAGGAGGAAGAGGUGGAGGAAGAGGAGGAGGAGGAUUUAGAGGUGGAGGAAGAGGAGGAGGAGGAUUCAGAGGAGGAAGAGGUGGUGGAGGAGGUUUUAGAGGGAGAGGACAUUAAAAAUGGAACAAUGAGAAUCUUCCUGCUGACUUACCACGUUACCUGCAGAAGUGAAGAGCAAGAAAAAAAGUUGUAAAAGACCAUGAAGAAGUUGUUUGUAAAGAACUGGGAGCUAUGAAAUGACAGUUAACAACUGUCAGCAACCGUGGACAAAGUGUGUAGCCCUUGGCGAAGAAUGAAAGACUGCUCAGAACAUACUUGAACUUUUUAAACUAAGACAGAGUUCAAUGUUAUUCUUAAAUUGUUUGUUUCUGGCAAAUGACUUAGUCAGUGCUUGACUUCAUGUUGGAGUCUGGAGUAAACAAUCAACUGAACUUUUUUUUUUUAAGAAAAGCCCCCUUGGGUUCACUGCAUGCACAUCUGUCAGUAUGAACUUGUAACCUCUGUGUGACUUGGAUAAGAUCCCUUGUUCUCAUUGUUUUAUAUGGAGUCUUUUGGGUCACCCUAAAAAGGAGAUGUGAUUUAAAUAACUGUUAUGGACCAUUUUUUACAAACUAAACUUCAGACUGUUUUUUUUUUGUCGUUAGAACUUUUUUAAUGCGUAAAAACAAAUAUGAGGAAAGGAAGAUAGCAAAUAAUAUUUUGUACAUUUUUCUCUCUGAAUCUUAAUGAAAACAAAGGCAUAAAGAUACACUCUUAGAAGAUAUUAUCUGAUGAGUAAUACAGAGUUAAUUCUAUUCAUAGGUCACCUAAUUGUAUCUAAUUUCACUGAUAAUAAAGUUGCUAAGAGUUUUUAA